CGAUCUCGGGUGAUUUCCUAUCUACAUGAUGUGUCACGCUCACAGGGAUCAUUCUAGGUCUCUCGACACUCUUCUCCCACUCUCUUCAGUCCCAGAGUGUUUUGAGAGUUGUGAAAAAUGGCCGAGGCUGCACCUCCGAAUGCUGAGCUCUUGGAGUGGCCGAAGAAGGACAGGCGCCGCUUACUCCACGCCGUUUACCGGGUCGGCGAUCUCGAGCGCACGAUCAAAUUUUAUACGGAAUGCUUUGGCAUGAAGUUGCUGAGGAAAAGGGACAUUCCUGAGGAGAAGUACUCCAAUGCCUUCCUGGGAUUUGGCCCUGAAGAAUCUCACUUCGUAGUGGAGUUGACAUACAAUUAUGGAGUGAGUUCUUAUGAUAUUGGAACUGGCUUCGGACAUUUUGCCAUUGCGACUCAAGAUGUGUACAAGAUGGUUGAAGACAUCAAGGCCAAGGGUGGCACAGUCACAAGGGAGCCUGGUCCAGUGAAAGGUGGAACGACUGUCAUUGCUUUUGUGAAGGACCCGGAUGGUUAUAUCUUCGAGCUAAUCCAAAGAGGUCCAACUCCAGAACCACUUUGCCAAGUGAUGCUUCGAGUUGGUGAUUUGGAGCGCUCAAUUAAGUUUUAUGAGAAGGCAUUGGGCAUGAAACUGUUGAGGAAAAAGGAUAAUCCUGAGUACAAGUACACCUUGGCCAUGAUGGGUUAUGCUGAUGAGUAUGAGACAACUGUGCUGGAGCUCACCUAUAACUAUGGUGUGACUGAGUAUACCAAGGGCAAUGCAUAUGCACAAGUUGCCAUCAGCACUGAUGAUGUCUACAAGAGCGGUGAGGUAGUUAAGCUGGUUACCGAAGAGCUUGGUGGGAAAGUAACUAGACCGCCAGGACCAGUUCCUGGGAUCAACACCAAAAUUACCUCUUUCCUAGAUCCAGAUGGUUGGAAAACUGUCCUGGUUGACAAUGAAGACUUCCUGAAGGAACUGCAGUAGAAAGCUUGUGAUGGUGUGAGAGCCCAAUGCAAUGAGCAGAUGUGUAAUCUUUUCAAUCUGAUAUAAAUAAAUGUAGCUUGUGUUGGGCAUCAACUACCAAAUACCACGGCCUGCUUAGUACUGGUGCUUGGCCAUGAGGUAUUGGACUCGUGUUCUCUACUUGUAUCUUGGUGCUCAUGUCUGAUGGAUAGUUUUAUGCAUCGCGAUUGUAAGAUGUGACCACAUUAGAACUCUGGCCUCAUCCUAGCUGGAAUUAUUUUGAGGAUGUAAACUAUCUGCUGAAACGUCCAUCGAUUAUUCCUAGGUUGGUAGGGUUUAAGUUUGCUGAUAAUCACUUGGCCUUCGACCCUUUUAAACGGUAAAGCACGCUUGUCUUUCGACUUUUUUCCAUAUAUAUCAAGUCUUGAGAUGUUUCCCCUUUGCAAACACUUGCUUGUGCAGCAUGUGGGCUGAUUUGACUGUGUCCAAGCUCAUAGGCAAGCUCAAAACUAUGUUUGACCUGCAUUCUCUUAUUGUAUAUUCUACUACUUAGCCCUGGUAAAUGUGCAAGGCCUCCACUACCGGGGACUCUUGCAUGAAUAACUUGUGCUUCACUAGUCAGAUUAGCGUGAUAACUGUUGGCUUUUCAAAAGUUAUGCCUCUGGAUCGGAGCGGGUAGACAAUGCGCUGUAAAAACCAGACUAGAUCAUCUAGUUUGAUCGGAUGGUAAUCCGGUCUCGGGUCGAUUUUGGCCUACUUAACCUGGUUCGGUGGCAUGGCACUUGAGGACCUGGUUUGAUCUUCAGUAUUAGUUUGAAAGUACUUCAAAUCGGAGAAGCUGGUUGGU